AUGGUAUAUAAAAUAAGAAAUAAAUCAUUCUUUUGGACUAGAGCCGGAUGGAAGAAUAAUUGGCAUCCAAAAAAUUUUAAUGCACCUCGUCCUUCUAGCUCUGAAUUUACAAUAGGUAUUAGAUGUCGUUAUGAUCAUAACUCAUUUUUAAGAGGUUUUGAGAUUUGUUGAUUAGAUUAGCAUAUCAUUCAUAUAGGAAGAUUUCAAGACAUUGUAAACAAUAUUUCUAUGGGAAUAAAGAAUUAGAAGAAUUAUUUUAAAUGGGUUUAAGAACAUUUUUCAUUGUUCCACAUAUAGCUGAAUGUUAAGUUACAUAAAUUAAACAUGGUGGUGAAAGGAGAAUGGUUGAUUAAAUAGAUAGAGAUUUUGAAUUAGUGUCAUAUAAUUCACAUCCAUAUUAAUUAUUUACAUAUACAGUAUGGAAUCAGUAUUUAGCAAAUUAAUAAGAAGCUUAUGAAUAAAGAAAGAAUGGAAAUAAAGCUAUUGAAGAUUAAGUGAUUGAUCAUAUUAGGUAAAUAUAAAUUUAAAAAGUAAGUGAAUUAGUCAAAGAUGAAAAGAGUAAGUUGGGUCCUGGUAAAUAAUUAAGUAUUGAAAGGACAGCUGAAAUUGUUAUGAAUGUUAUGAGAUAAUUAAGAAGUGCAUAAUAGAGACCAAAUUUGAAUAAUAGGUAAAUUAUUAAAUUUAAAAUCUUAGACGAGCAGAUGGUGAAUUUGAUGAUUUCUUAGAAUAAAGAAGGCCUUUUACAGCACCUAAUAAUCAAUCAGCAACUCAUAGAGUAAUAAUAUUA